CCGCUCCCCGCCUCUUCCCGGGAUUUCCCCGUUUGCUCCACAUUUGUGCCCGUCAGCCUCACUAGGGCUGGGCUGAGGGGCGGCCGGGGCAGCACCUCCUCCCUCACACCACACGGAGGCAGCGACAAGCACCCCGCUAUCGCCGCGGCUCCCCGGGCGUGCGAGGGGCCGGCCGGGCUGCGGCCCCUCCCUGCCCGCGGCCGGGAAGCGAAAGCGAAAGCGGCCCCGGGAGGGCUCUGGAGGCGUCCGAGGAACCGCCGGGAGCUCGGGUGGCGCCCCCAGCCCGUCCCCGGCACUGCCCAUCGGCAGGAAACUGUACAGAAGUCUGAAUUUUGGCUGCUCGAUCCAAACCAGAAAGGGAUUGCGGGACCCUCUGUUUCAAGCCUCUGAGUGAAGCAGGUUCGGCGGUGUGGGGUCAGAACCAAGGUGUCCAUGGAUUUUAUGAGCCCCCCAUUAUCUCUAGAAGACAAUGGGUUUACUAUGGUACCCACUGAUCCACCUGGGACAUCCAAGGAAGAGCUGGAAAAACUUAAGGAAGAGCUGAAGAUGUGGAAGGAAAGAGUGGAAGAGGCUGAGAAUGCCAAAGAUGCCCUUCUUGUCUCCAAAUCAAGUGCUGAUGCAGAGUGUGAGAGGGCAGAGAAGAGGCUGACAGAGCUGGAGGAGCAAGAGAAACAGCACAAGGCCAGAAUUGCCAGCUUUGAGCAGGAACUCCUUCUGCUAAACCAAGAAAAAACUGAGCUGAAGAAAGAGAUUGAAAAGCUCAAAGAAGACCUGGAAGAAUACAAUUCCCAGGAUAAUCUGGUAAAGGAGAUUCAAAAGAAGGUGGCAGAAAUGAAACUGAAGUUCAGUCACCUGGAAGAGAUGAAGGAUGAUGGGGCAGAUGCGAAUAUGGACACACACUGUGUUUUUGGGACAGCCACAAAAAUCCCCUUCAGGCUCAACCAGAACCAGGCCCUGCUGACCUUUGAAGAUGAAGAAGUUGCCCAGAGACUGACAAAGAUGAGCAAGCACUGUGUGAAACUGGACAACAGAACAGCAAAUGUGACUGUGAAGCCUUUUGAACUUGACAUGGGGUUCCAGUUUGAGCUCUGUGUCACUGUCUCUGGAAAGAAGAUCAACGUUUCAGCAAUCCCUGAGCUUUCCAUUGCUGAAGACUGGAUGAGAGACAAACUUGAGCUGCAUUUCUACAAGACUGAGCAGGCAGCAGGAGGAGGAGAAAUACAAAAUGUGACCUACAGCAAGGGGUCUGGGACAGCUGUCAUCACAUUCCUCAAACCUGGAGCAAGCAACAAGUUUGUGGGAUGCACUGAAUACCCUUUCUGUGCAGAGGGAAGGUCCUUCAACCUUUCUGUCUCCCCAGAUUUUAAUUUCCACUUGAGCAAGUUUCAGCCAUACUGCAGGGUUUCCAAGAAGACCAUCCUGCUGAAAGGAAUCCCAGAGCUGGAAGAGGAUGAGGAAACCGUGCAGGACAUGAUUGAAAUUCACUUCCAAAAGCCCAGCAACGGUGGGGGGGAGAUAGAGAACAUCAAAUACACCUCCAGAGGAGCAGCCUAUGUUUGUUUUGAGGAGGAUACUGGGAAUGCCACCUCGGAAACCACAGGGGACUCAGGAAGGUCUGAGGGUUUGUUCCUCAGAGGCACAGGAAAUUCUGUAGGUAUUGUGUUUUAAUGUGAGGAAUUCCUGCCUUUCUGUUUUGUCUCGUGGCACUGACUUCAUACAGAAGUCAGCAAAACUCCCUGCCUGUGUUCCAGAUUAAAGGCACAGACCAAGCUUCAGCAGCCACUGAAGCACAAUCUCAGAUUUUCUGCAGCUUUACAGAUUUUAUACCUUGCAGAUUUUAAAAUAUUCCAGAGUGGGAUGAGUGGAUUGUCUCUUACAUUCUGGAUACAAAAGCCAUAUUUAAUCCCAAUGCAAGCCUCCUCACAGUCCUGCCUUGUUGAGGUGCCACAGCUUCAGAAGGUGGCUCUGACACAACUUCAGUCCUGCUGAGGUUGCUGAGUGCCACCAGAACUCAGAUACCUGAAAUUUCAUAAAAGCUAUCUUAUCAAAUCAGUGAUGGAAUUAAAAUAGAAAAUGAGAGGUGCAAACCCAAGAGACUGCAUUUAAGAAAUGCCCGGGCAUUUGCUGCCUGUAGCUGUUGAGCUUCUCUGCCUGUUCAUAGCCUGUUUUGUUGUUUGAUUUUAAUACUUGUUUCUGCAAUUAAAUUCUUCCUCAUUUUUGUUCA